AUGUUUGGAAAUACUUUGUUCAUUGCGCGAAAUGGUAGCGUUCUCGAAGUACUUGCAAUCGUCACAGUCACUUGCCACUUCCGCAUGAACAGGGAUUAUCGAGGUGCUUCGACGAACGCCAGGAUAACGUGGGACGCCUUUGUAUCGGAGCCUUACAGGCUCCGCGAGGAUACUGUCACUACUUUCUCGGGGGCCAAUCACAACCAGUACCGAGACCACUAUACCGAGGUCGCAGAAGUGGCACGGGAGAAUUUGCGCAUCGACUUCUUGAGGCAACUGCGUACUUGUCAGUACGAAGAACCGCGCAGUAGGCACGUGCAAGUGGUUCACAAUCAUGAGAUCUUUGCCUCCUGGCAAGCACAAGAAUCUGCGGUGCUCUGGGUAUCCGCCGAUCCAGGCUGUGGCAAAUCUGUCCUCGCAAGGUACCUGGUCGACGAGGUCAUUCCUGGCAGCAGCAAUAGCAUCGUCUGCUACUUCUUCUUCAAGGACGGCUUUGACGAUCAAAAAUCGCUGGCGGGUGCAGUCUCCUGCAUUCUCCACCAGCUCUUCAUACGGAACCCGACUCUGCUCACAGACGAGUUCCUGGAUGAGUUCCGCCUGGACGGGGAUGCUCUUCUCAAAUCUUUCAGAAGACUAUGGCACAUCCUUCUCACCGCAUCAAAUCAAUCCACAGAGCAAAUUGUCUGCGUUCUCGACGGAUUGGACGAAUGUGUUGGAGAAGCCGAGCUGGUCUCCACCAUAACAGGACUAUACAUUGCAGAAAACAAACCCUGCCGACUCAAGUUCCUCCUGACCAGCCGGCCAUAUCCCUUCCAUUCGAGGAGGAUUCGAAGAGUUGAGAGCCAACCAGCCCAGCAUGCAUCUUCAUGGUUCAAGCGACCAGGAAGCCGAUGA